AGGCGCGCGUGCUCACGUCACGACAUCGGCGUCACCGCACUCCGGCCGCGCGACCCCGCGCACGGCGCACCUCGCCCCGCGCGCCGCGCGCGCUCUCUGACUCAGUGAUAAACAAACCUUACCGGUGCCUUCUUGUCAGACAUGCUGCGAGUUUGACUUCCCGCCCGGGAACACAGAUCAGCCUUCAUGCAUCUUUGUUUACAUACAACACAGCACAAAUGUCAGCCGCCGCCGCACGGACUACGGCGGUUUUAUCACAUUUUAGAAAAUGACUGAAGGCCCCCUAUUACAUCAUGAUAAGCCGAUGUGCGUGCGCAUAUGGCUAGAGGUGGGACACGCGUGCGAGCCGCGCAGAACUCCCUCUGGCCGAGCCCUGGCCCUCGACUGGCGAGUGUGGGUACGCGGAGUGAGCGGCCACGACAUCAGCACCUUCGUCCAUAAAGUCGUCUUCCAUUUACACCCUGCAACCGCAUUUGUAUAUCCUAAACGAGUGCUUCAGGAGCCGCCAUACGAAAUCCAAGAGUCCGGCUGUGCCUCUAUUGACAUACCGAUACACGUGUACCUGAAAUAUAGCAACAGGCCAAAGAAAAUCCGUCUGCAAUACAGUCUUCAGAUCGAGAACAACAGUAAGAGCAAUUCGGAGUCCCGGUGCAUCUACUACGACUUCAAGAACCCGCCGGAGCAGCUGUGCGAGGCCCUAAUGAGUGGCGGUGGGGAGCUCGUGCCGCGCACCGGCGCGCCCGACGUCUCCAACAAGCUGGUCGUGUUAUCCGACAGCGGCGACGACCGCCCGCAGAAGCCCAUGAAACCCAAGAAGUACAAGUUCGUGGAGCCUGUACCCUGCAAGCACAACUCUAAGAAGCGGCCUAAGUCACUGUUCGAAGAGAUUUGCUCAAAAUGUGGAAAUUCCAUUUAUGUAGACAUUAAGAAACAACUGAGGUCUGUAGCUAUGACUGAAGAUGAGAUAAACUGCGUGUCACAGUUGUACUUGUCCUACACUAGUUACGAGAAGUCUGCCGGUGCUCUGAUACUGCCGCCGAUAACAGACUCCAUAUACAAAACGCCCGAACUGCCUGCCUCGCUGAAAAGAGCGCUGAAGGAAGUUCAAGAAGAAGACUACACUAUGAUUUGAGCCAAGACGUGCCUUUUGUAAAGUGCUGUGUUGUGAUAUAUACUUGGUGCCAUGAGAGACUAUUCAUUCUAUGCAAACGUUUUAGUUAGACUAGAUACGGUUGUUUAGUGACCAUAAUAUUAUUUAUUUUUUUUAAAGACUUUAUUUACUUUGGUUGUUCGUACGUUGAUUAUAAAUUAAUUAUAGUGAAAUAAAGCUACGCUACCAUAAUAUUAUCAUAAUAAUAUGAAUACGAUAUACGUGUGCUGUGAGUAAGAUCUCAAUAACGUAAGAGAGGUAUCUGUUUUAACUUGAAUAUUUUAUUUAAAUGUAUUUUUACAACUAUUUAAGUUUCAUAUAAUUUAUAGUGGGGGUUGUGAGUUAUGUUACAUAAGUUGUAUUGUGUUCAUUUUAUGGUUUGUUACGCCAUGGAAAUUGCCUCUACCGUUAGGUUAUGUGCUGAGUGACAGGGUAUUAGCCAUAACUUAAUAUCUAAUAUAUUAUAUUAUAGUAAUCGUACAGAGAAACGUUUCCACUAUUUGUUGAAACUAUUGUUAAAUAAUAUUUCAGAGUAUAGUUGUAUAAGUUUAAUUGAAGUGUUACGAAGUGUGCCUACGUAAAAGAUAUUGUAAACAUAAAUAAGUUUAAUAGUAAGACUUAGUAGUUAUGAAAACAAGAAUUGUUUGUUACAUAAAUACAAUCUAUGAUCGU